AGAAAUGUCCAUCUGGGUUCAGUUACAAGUGGGGAAAAAGACACUGGAAUAUAUGGAGACUAUUGGGAAAGAUGGUUUAAUGGUGGACAGGAUCACAUGGCUUGAGAUCCCGGUCAAAAAAGGCACAUGAGAGAGAGAUUUAUACCCUCUGUUGGGAUUUGAAUUUGAGCUCGUGUUCUGAUUGGUGGUCAGGCUCCCAUGGGACCAUGCAGGGGUAACUUGGUAGGUUGUCUGUGUCCUAGGCUUGGUUGACUCCUGCGGGGUGAUGAUGUAAUGAAAGGGCUUUGGGCAAUUCCUACUAGGGCUCUGCCUGAAGGACGUAGAUCUUUGUUAUGUAGAAUAGGCUGGCCCAGGCCUUAAUGAUCCAUUGAGAAAGGUGGGGGGGGCUGAUAUUCUGCCCCUUUUUUAAUAUUUCCUAGAAUAUUUCAUUUUUCUAGGAGAGGGGUGGGUGCUAACUUCCUACAAGGGCGUUAGGGAAGAGGGGUAGAAGGCAGUCUGGGGCUCUUAAGGCAAGAGGGGAGCCUGGGGAAAGCAGGGAGAUGGACCCAGGGACAUAGGGAGGAGUCUGGAGUCUGGUUUUGCGGGCGCACUCACAAAAUGGCCCUGGAGGAUCCAGCCUGGCCUAAACUGAUUUUGGUCACUGUUUAACCUGUUUAACCUGGAACAAAGUCAAGAGCUCGAUUCAAUAAUUCAUGCCAUGUUCUUGCAUGAUUUAUGCUGAAAUAAUUUAGAUGUCCUCUGAGUUCCCAGCCCGUAAUGGCGCCUCUGUUCUCGUCUGAUUAUGGUUUCACAAAAAACUUUAUUAAUCAUAUAAAAGCAAAAUAAUACACCAUGUGUAUACAAAACACAUAUAUAUCAAUAUAAACAACACUACAUCAAAAGAAAAAGUGACUUUGAUCACAUAUCCAUUCUGUUAUUGACGGUGCAUUUUUUUAAAAAUUCUUUUGUUAUCAUUCAGAAUUUUGCAUUUGCCCUCAUUUCUCCGAGUUAUCCAAUCGUACCAUCUAUUCCAUACUAUACAAUAUUUUGAGUCUGCCUCAUCUUUCAAUUCGAAGGUUAAUUUAUCCAUUUCCACACAAUUAUAGAUUUUUUGAAUUAUCAGUUGGUUUGUUGGUAGUUGAUCAGUUUUCCAAAAUUGAGCUAGCGCCAAUCUGGCUGCAGUGACUAUAUGUAGCAUUAAAUUCUUUCUUUCUUUCUUAUAAUUUUCUUUAAUCAUCCCUAGUAAAAAUAUUUCUGGUUUAAGUUCUAUUUUUCCCGAUGUUAUUUCUAUUAACCAAAUCCUUAUUUUUCCCCAAUACUUCCAAUUUUUUGGGCAAAGCCACCAAACAUGGAGAAAAGUGCCCUGUGCCUGCUUGCAUUUCCAGCAAGUUGGACUUAAGUUCAAAUUCAUUUUCGCUCACCACGAAGGUGCCAGAUACCAUCUAUACCACAUUUUAUACUGGUUCUCUUUACAAACCACUAAUUUUGUCAUAAUAUAAUUAUUUUCCCACACUCUUUCCCUGUCCUCCAGUUCUAUGUUAUGUCCGAUGUUUCUUGGCCAUGCUAUCAUUUGUUUCUUUACUAAUUCUUCUGCCAAAUCAAAUUCCAAUAAAUAUUUAUAAAUGUUUGAAAUCAAUUUUUCCUCCGUGGCUUCUAAAAGUUUAUCCAACCGAUUUGGUUUUAAUUCCAUUCCUCCUUCCUCUUGGUCUUUUUUCUAUCUUGUUUUUAUCUGUAAAUAGGGCCACCGGUCAACCUGAAUUCCUUGCUCUCCGAGUUCUUCUUGUGUUUUUAAUAUUCCCUGGGGAUCUAAUAUUUCAUUAUAUCUUACCAUUCUUUGAAUCGCCAAGGUAUUGGGCUGUGUCAUCGCCUCCAUUGUGGAUAGCCAUCCAGGAACUUUCAUAUAGUGUUUACUUUUAAUUUCCUGCCAUGUAUAAAUUAAUGAAUCUCUUAAUAUAUAAUUGCAAAAAUACUUACGUGUUUUGCUCCUGGUGUUCCAAAAGAAGGCGUGCCACCCCAUCAUCAAAUCGUGUCCCUCCAAGGUUAGCAAUCUUUGAUUUUUCAAAUUCACCCAUUCCCUAAUCCAUGUCAAACCCGUUGAUUUAUAAUAUGUUUCCCAUGCCUGUAAUCCAAAUCCACCUCUGGCUCUGUCAUCCUGCAGUAUAUUUAAUUUAAUUCUUGCCUUUUUUUGAGCCGAAUUUAUUUAAUAAUUUUAAAUUUUUAAUUGAUGUUUGUCUUGUGUUUUUAAAUAGGCUGUACACCGCCCUGAGUCCUUCGGGAGAUAAAAUUGGUUAUUUUAUUCAGAUUUACAAAAAUCCUUUUCAUGCCGGUCAUCUGAGCAGCCUCUGGGGACGGACGCCAUUGUCCACGUGGAGCUGGCCAGAGACACUCGAUCCCUCGUCUCUUGUAUCGGUUACCCCUUCGAUGAGAGAGGCCGCCACGGAGACCGCAGCCUCCCUGGACGGACAGUUGCAGGCUGAGAGUGGAAGGAGAGGAGGGAAAGAGCACCUGUGGGAACGUUCUCCCAGAAAAAGCUGCCGGCUGCUGUAUAUCUCAGGCCCCAGGAUGCCAUCGGAAUUGGAGACGGCUAUGGAGAUCAUCAUCUCCGUCUUCCACCAGUACUCCAGCAAAGGAGGCGACAAGGAUAAGCUGAGCAAGAAGGAGCUGAAGCAGCUGCUGCAGAAGGAGUUCGGCUUGGAGACCCAGAAAUAUCCGGAGGGGGUGGACAAGAUCAUGUGCGAUCUGGACAAGAACGGCGACGGGCAAGUCAGUUUCCAGGAGUUCCUGAAGAUGGUGGCCGCCAUACUUAUAACAAGAAACUCUUCCUUUUCGGAGGAAACCUGAGCUUGCCGGCGGCCCUUAGCGGGAACGCAAAGCUCGGGAGUUUUGGGGGGGGCUUCAAGCCCAGCUGUCCCCUUCGCAACGCCUUUUCCCCCGUUUCUCGCGGCUUCUCUGCCCAACUGGGAGCACCCCGAGGUGGCAUGUAAUCGUCUGCUGGGACAGCCCUGCUGCUGAUUAAAGCUGUUUAGUGUGCA